UCUAAACACCCAUAAAAAUGUAUAUUUUCGUUUUAUCUUACACUAUUGCGAAUGUAUAUUAAGGAGUGCCAUAUCUACCAUCAACUCAUUGUUUGGUCUGUCAGUGUGGAGGCAAAGUUUCUACACAAUAUUUGUAAUUGGUGGACUUUUAGGUAUCAAAUUAUUUAGAAGCCAUGGCCACAAAAAAGUUUGCAGGACCAUCUCCUUACACCUUGCAGGCGACGUACCCACCUGAAGACUACUUAUACAGAGACUUUGUUAACUUCAGUACAAGGAAUCACUCGUCUAAAUCCCAUGCUCCCCCAGUAGUAGGUGCCUUGUUCGGUCUCGGCCGCGCCGGGUCUAUCCAUUUGACGAGCAUCGUCGGCAACCCUCGCAUCAUCUUGAAAUACAUCGUUGAUGACAGAAAGGAAACAUUUGAUGAUCUCAGAAAAUUCUGGAAGUUUGGAAACGACGUUCAUAUUAUAACCUCCGCUGAAGUUAAGCGUGUCUAUGAGGAUAAGAGUGUGAACGUGGUAUUCAUUGCGUCCCCAACAUGGACUCACCACGACAUCGUAGUGAACUCUAUCACACACAACAAAGAUGUAUACUGUGAGAAACCUAUUGCGGAGAAUAUUGAAGACACAUUGAAAUGCUAUGAAGCCGCCAAGGCGAAGGGCCGUACGCUUUUUGCAGCCUUCAACCGUCGGUUUGACCCAGCCUACAGUGGCCUGAAAGAAAGAGUUCGUAAAGGAGAAGUGGGUCAUGUUCAAAUUGUUAAAGUUACUGCGAGAGAUUCACCCCUGCCAACAAUCGACUACUUGAAAACAUCUGGUGGCGUGUUCCAUGACUGUUUGGUGCACGACUUCGACAUGGUGUGCUGGGUACUCGGAGAGCUGCCCGUGCGCGUGCAGGCCACCGCCACCGCCCUCAUCCCCGAGGUGAAGGCUAUUGACGACUUCGACACUAUCGCUUUCCUUCUCACCUUCCCAUCUGGGGCGGUGGCACUUGGAGACAACAGUCGCUACUCGGCUUAUGGAUACGAUCAAAGACUCGAAGUUUUUGGAAAUAAGGGUAUGAUUAAGGUUGAAAACGAAAGACCGUGCCAUUCUACCGAAGCUCUGAUUGGUCAAGAUGGACUCAAAAUGACCCCUAUUUACUACUCAUUCCCAUCGCGCUACAGGCUUGCCUACAAAAAUGAAUUGGAACACUUUUUGGAUGUUGUUCAACAUGGAGCGCCCGUCAAUGUGACCAGUUGGCAGACGUUGGCUGUAACCAAAAUAGCGACGGCCGCCGAAGAGAGCGCGCGUACCGGCAAGACUGUGGAAAUAGAUUGGUCCAAAGAUAAAAUUCCACCAGUUUACUCUUAAGUACCCACUCACAGCUCUCAUACGAUUAUUGACUUUGUAUAUUGUUAAUGGAUUCUGAUAAUAAAUUUUGUACAUUAUUUUGUAAGA